CCCACUGAAAUAUCAAUUGCUGUCUCUGGCUGCAUAUCGAUACUAACCAUCCAACGAUCAACACCUGAACCUACUCGUAAAACUGUUGCAAAAAGUCAUUUGGUCUUCCACAUAUUUCCUAGGAGUGGACAAGCAAUAGUUUCACCCACCACUGAACCUAAAACGGAACUUUAG